AUGCUGCAUUCGGCCAAACAACUUUUUGAGUGGACUGAGUGUGACAAAAGAUUUAGACAAGGUGGAAGUAUAACACAACACAUAUUAGUGCAUACAGACGUUAACCUUCAUGAGUGUGAAGAAACCUUCAUGAAGAAAAUGAGCUGUACAGCACAAGUCGACACCAUUGUAUCCAGUGACAACAUUGUAUCCAGUGAGAACAUUGUAUCCAGUGAGAACAUUGUAUCCAGUGAGAACAUUGUAUGCAGUGAGAACAUUGUAUCCAGUGAGAACAUUGUAUGCAGUGAGAACAUUGUAUCCAGUGAGAACAUUGUAUCAAGUGAGAACAUUGUAUCCAGUGAGAACAUUGUAUCAAGUGAGAACAUUGUAUCCAGUGAGAACAUUGUAUCCAGUGAGAACAUUGUAUCAAGUGAGAACAUUGUAUCCAGUGAGAACAUUGUAUCCAGUGAGAUCAUUGUAUCCAGUGAGAACAUUGUAUCCAGUGAGAACAUUGUAUCCAGUGAGAACAUUGUAUCCAGUGAGAACAUUGUAUCCAGUGAGAACAUUGUAUCCAGUGAGAACAUUGUAUCCAGUGAGAACAUUGUAUCCAGUGAGAACAUUGUAUCCAGUGAGAACAUUGUAUCCAGUGAGAACAUUGUAUCCAGUGAGAACAUUGUAUCCAGUGAGAACAUUGUAUCCAGUGAGAACAUUGUAUCCAGUGAGAACAUUGUAUCCAGUGAGAACAUUGUAUCCAGUGAGAACAUUGUAUCCAGCGAAAACAUUGUAUCCAGUGAAAACAUUGUAUCCAGUGAGAACAUUGUAUCAAGUGAGAACAUUGUAUCCAGUGAGAACAUUGUAUCCAGUGAGAGCAUUGAUGAGAACAUUGUAUCCAGUGAGAACAUUGUAUCCAGUGAGAACAUUGUAUCCAGUGAGAACAUUGUAUCCAGUGAGAACAUUGUAUCCAGUGAGAACAUUGUAUCCAGUGAGAACAUUGUAUCCAGUGAGAACAUUGUAUCCAGUGAGAACAUUGUAUCCAGUGAGAACAUUGUAUCCAGUGAGAACAUUGUAUCCAGUGAGAACAUUGUAUCCAGUGAGAACAUUGUAUCCAGUGAGAACAUUGUAUCCAGUGAGAACAUUGUAUCCAGUGAGAACAUUGUAUCCAGUGAGAACAUUGUAUCCAGUGAGAACAUUGUAUCCAGUGAGAACAUUGUAUCCAGUGAGAACAUUGUAUCCAGUGAGAACAUUGUAUCCAGUGAGAACAUUGUAUCCAGUGAGAACAUUGUAUCCAGUGAGAACAUUGUAUCCAGUGAGAACAUUGUAUCCAGUGAGAACAUUGUAUCCAUGAACAUUGUAUCCAGUGAGAACAUUGUAUCCAGUGAGAACAUUGUAUCCAGUGAGAACAUUGUAUCCAGUGAGAACAUUGUAUCCAGUGAGAACAUUGUAUCCAGUGAGAACAUUGUAUCCAGUGAGAACAUUGUAUCCAGUGAGAACAUUGUAUCCAGUGAGAACAUUGUAUCCAGUGAGAACAUUGUAUCCAGUGAGAACAUUGUAUCCAGUGAGAACAUUGUAUCCAGUGAGAACAUUGUAUCCAGUGAGAACAUUGUAUCCAGUGAGAACAUUGUAUCCAGUGAGAACAUUGUAUCCAGUGAGAACAUUGUAUCCAGUGAGAACAUUGUAUCCAGUGAGAACAUUGUAUCCAGUGAGAACAUUGUAUCCAGUGAGAACAUUGUAUCCAGUGAGAACAUUGUAUCCAGUGAGAACCAGUGA